AUGGUAAAAGAAGAAAGGUUAGAGCUAAGAGUUCCCUCAUCAACAUCGUCAUCAUUAUCUCACUCCCUUUUACAAGCCAAGAACAUGACUCAAGUCACCAUGGAAGAAGUAUGGAAAGAAAUCAACCUUGCUUCGUUUCACAAACAUCGCCACCUAAACAUUGAUCAUGAGCCAGUGUUGAGGAACCAAAACCCUAGUAACUCCAUCUUCCAAGAUUUCCUCAGCAAGCCUUUGAAUAAGGAACCACCACCUUCGUCUUCAUCCACUCACCAUGGCUCUCUUCUUCUUCCUCCUGCAACUGUUCCCAGCUUGAACCCUCAGUACUCCAUUGAUACACACUUUGAUGAAUCUGCUAGGUUUGGUUGUUUAGGGAAGAAAAGAAGCCAAGAUUCUGAUGAAAGCAGAGGAGACAGAAGGCAUAAGCGUAUGACCAAGAACAGAGAAUCUGCUGCUCGUUCCAGGGCUAGGAAACAGGAACGUUUCUCUCCUUACUCUUCUUUCCCUACCCUUCUUUCCCUUUUCAAAUUCAUGUGA